CAUAACAAAACCAAACUUAACUCGAUAAUAGAGUUUGCUGAAAUUUGUUUCAUAAAAAUAAAUAGAAUAAUUAAUUGUGUUUGCUUCAAAAAAAAUGUGAUUUAUUUAACUUUCGGACGUUCAUUGUGUUCAAAUCUUUCAAAAAUAAAAUGUAUUCAACGCAUACAUCACGAGUUCGUUUAUUAUAUAAAACAAUUUUGCGACUACAUAGAGGUCUGCCGGCUGAUUUACAACCAUUGGGCAAUAGCUAUGCACGCGACGAAUUUAAACGACAUAAAAAUUGUAAUGAAACCGAAGCGAAAAUAUUUAUGGUUGAAUGGACAAAUUAUGCAGUGAACUUGUCCAAACAGAUGGGAUUGGGUGUGCAUGGUAAGCCACAACAUGACAUCGGUGAACAUUUGAAAGAAGACGACUUAGAUAAAUUCAAAGAAGAUCAAGUCGUUCAAUUGUAUGAACUGAUGAAGGCGGCCACACAAAACGAUGACGACGAUUCAUCUGGCAAAAAGUCAUGAUUGAAAUAAAACACCAAACACAACAACAACAGCAAUUUGUUUGAAAAAAUAUAGCAAAUUAUUUAUUUAUUUAAAAAGAUAAAGUAAAUUGUAGGUAAUUUUUCAAAAUAAAUUCGAGCAAUUAAGAUUCAAUGUGAA